CAUCCGACUGCAUUCGUUAAUCCCACUCAGUGGUAACCUUCUUCGUCUUCUUCGUUUCCCUUGAGGUUGAGGCCAUCUUCACAUAUCAGGUGAAAAUAUCUUGCAAAGCCUUGAGAUUUGACAUGAUAAAGACUUUGGUUUCUCCUUGUAGUGUAUAUGGAUUUGGAUCUCAGAAGCUGAAGUUUGACCGAUCUUGUAAGAGAGUGAAGCCAAGAGCAGUAAGAAUGGAACUGACAAUCACUCAACCUGAUGAUUGGCAUCUUCAUCUCCGUGACAGUGAUCUUCUUCAGGCUGUUGUUUCCCACAGUGCGAGUACUUUUAAGAGAGCGAUUGUGAUGCCAAAUCUGAAGCCGCCUGUUACAACUACUGCAGCUGCCAUUACUUACCGGGAAUCUAUCAUGAAAGCUUUGCCAUCUGGGACUAGCUUUGAUCCACUUAUGACACUUUAUUUGACAGACAAAACUCAACCUGACGAGAUCAAGCUUGCAAGGGAAAGUGGUGUGGUUUAUGCAGUGAAGCUGUACCCUGCUGGAGCAACAACCAACUCCCAAGAUGGUGUUACGGACCUUUUUGGAAAAUGCUUACCGGUACUAGAAGAGAUGGUCAAACAAAACAUGCCUUUGCUGGUUCAUGGGGAAGUCACAGAUCCGAGUAUUGAUGUCUUUGACCGCGAGAAAAUCUUCAUUGAUACAGUUCUGCAGCCUCUGAUCCAACGCCUUCCACAGCUGAAGGUAGUGAUGGAACACAUUACUACCAUGGAUGCUGUGAAUUUUGUUGAAUCUUGCAAAGAAGGGUCUGUGGGUGCAACAGUCACACCACAACAUCUCCUUCUGAACAGAAAUGCCCUUUUCCAAGGUGGAUUACAACCUCACAACUACUGUCUUCCGGUUCUCAAAAGAGAAAUACACCGAGAAGCCAUUGUUAAAGCUGUAACUAGUGGAAGCAAGAAAUUCUUCCUCGGUACAGAUAGUGCUCCACAUGAACGGAGUAGAAAAGAAUCAUCUUGCGGAUGUGCUGGUAUUUACAGCGCUCCUGUUGCCUUGUCCUUAUACGCCAAGGUCUUUGAUGAGGCUGGUGCUCUUGACAAGUUGGAAGCUUUUACAAGCUUCAAUGGCCCUGAUUUCUAUGGCCUCCCGAGAAACUCAUCAAAGAUCACACUGAAGAAAUCUCCAUGGAAGGUUCCAGACGUUUUCAGCUUCUCCUUCGGAGAGAUUGUCCCUAUGUUUGCUGGAGAAACCCUUCAAUGGCAACCGUCGAACUAAUGUGGUGGUUUGGAGUUGUUAAAAGUAUUCUCCUGAAACAGUGUAUCUUUUGGAUUGGAUUUUCUUGCGGCUGAGUUAUGCUCUACAUUUUUUGAGGAAUAAAAGCAAGAUAUUGACCAAGAAAGUUUAUUUUUGUGUUUGAA